GCGCGCCGUCUGACGUCACCCGGCGCGCAGCCCCGGGGCGUUGCUGGGAAACAUCAGCUGACGGCUGCGGCGGGGACCGGCCGACAUGGCGGCUGCUGCUGCGGUGCUGGCGCGGCUCGGGGCGGCCUUGCUGCUCGUCGCGGCCCAGGUGGUCUGUGAGUACGGGAUGGUUCAUGUGGUUUCUGCCUCGGGUGGCCCCCACGGCCGAGACUACUGCAUCCUCUACAACCCACAGUGGGCUCGCCUGCCGCACGACCUCAGCAAGGCGCCCCUGCUGCAGCUAAAGGACUGGUCAGCCUCGGUGUUGUGCUCACCCGCUGACCUCCCCACCGGGGGCUUUGGCAACCAGAUCCCGUUGGUGGCGAGGGGCAAUUGCACCUUCUACGAGAAAGUGCGGCUGGCCCAGGGCAGCGGGGCGCGGGGGCUGCUGGUCGUCAGCCGAGAGAAGCUGGUACCCCCCGGAGGCAAUAAGACACAGUACGAUGAGAUUGGUAUCCCUGUGGCCCUGCUCAGUCACCGGGACGUUCUGGACAUCUUCAAGCGUUUUGGCCGAGCGGUGAAGGCUGCGCUGUACGCACCCAACGAGCCUGUGCUGGACUACAACAUGGUCAUCAUCUUCAUCAUGGCCGUGGGCACUGUGGCCAUCGGGGGGUACUGGGCUGGGAGCCGUGACGUGAGGAAAAGGAGCAUGAAGCACAAGCGGGACGACGGCCCCGAGAAGCAGGACGACGAGGCGGUGGACGUGACGCCUGUCAUGAUCUGCGUCUUCGUGGUCAUGUGCUGCUCCAUGUUGGUGCUGCUUUACUGCUUCUACGACCACCUCGUCUAUGCCGUCAUCGCCAUCUUCUGCCUGGCCUCGUCUACUGGCCUCUACAGCUGCCUGGCACCCUUGGUCCGGAGGCUGCCCUUUGGCCGAUGCCGGGUCCCCGACAACAGCCUGCCCUACUUCCAUAAGCGCCCGCAGGUCCGCAUGCUGCUGCUGGCGCUGCUCUGCAUCGCCGUCAGCGUGGUGUGGGGCGUCUUCCGCAACGAGGACCAGUGGGCCUGGGUCCUGCAGGACGCCCUGGGCAUCACCUUCUGUCUCUACAUGCUGAAAACCAUCCGCCUGCCCACGUUCAAGGCCUGCACACUACUGCUUUUGGUGUUGUUCAUCUAUGACGUCUUUUUCGUCUUCAUCACACCCUUCCUGACCAAGAGUGGGAAUAGCAUCAUGGUGGAGGUAGCUACAGGUCCUGCAGACUCGGCCACCCACGAGAAGCUGCCCAUGGUCCUGAAGGUGCCCAGACUGAACACGUCCCCACUGGCCCUGUGUGACCGGCCCUUCUCCCUCCUGGGCUUCGGGGACAUCUUGGUGCCAGGGCUGCUGGUAGCCUACUGCCACAGGUUCGACAUCCAGGUCCAGUCUUCCCGCGUCUAUUUCGUGGCCUGCACCGUCGCCUAUGGCAUCGGCCUCCUGGUGACCUUCGUGGCCUUAGCCCUGAUGCAGCGUGGCCAGCCGGCUCUGCUUUACCUGGUGCCCUGCACGCUGGUGACGAGCUGCGCCGUGGCCAUCUGGCGCCGGGAGCUGGCCAUGUUCUGGACAGGCAGCGGCUUUGCGGUGAAUACCGGUUUGCUAUGA